CCGGAACUGCAGAACUUCAUUUGACAAGAAACACUUCAGCAGCAGCUCAUCAUAAAGUUCUUAUUCAUGUGACAUGCAGCGCACAUAAGUGUUUAUAGCGGAUAUAGGCCUACGUGUGUUUAAAAGCGUUUUUGGUGGAGGAUGAUGAUGAUGAUGGGUCUGAUCGGGUUUCUCUCCGGUUGGUCGGUGUUUGGGGUCCUCGCGCUCUCCGCCGCGGCGCUCCUGUGCGCGCUGGCGACGCGUCUCGCUCUCAAACGUCGCGCGCUGCGAUGCUUCAAUCAGCCGCCGCAGAGAAACUGGAUCAUGGGACACAUGGGACUCAUGGGCCAUAAUGAAGAGGGACUGCAGGCCGUUGAUGACCUGAUCAGGAGGUACGUUCACUCCUGUGCCUGGUAUCUGGGUCCGUUUUAUGACAUGGUCCGGCUUUUCCACCCAGACUACAUCAAAUCCCUUCUGACGGCCUCCGCAAACAUUACUUUCAAAGACAAGAUCUUUUAUGGGUUUAUGAAACCGUGGUUGGGACAUUGUCUUCUCCUGCAGAACGGUCAGGAAUGGUCACGCCAUCGGCGACUUCUGACUCCUGCGUUCCACUUCGACAUCCUCAAAAAAUAUGUUUUAAUUUUUAACCAGUCCACCAACAUCAUGCAUGCUAAAUGGCGCCGCCUGCUGGCCGAAGAGAAAGUCAGUCUGGACAUGUUUGAGCACAUGAGCUCGAUGACGCUGGACAGUCUGCUCAAAUGCACCUUCAGCUGUGACGGUCACUGUCAGGGGAAACCCAGCGAAUACAUCGCAGCUAUUCUGGAUCUGUCUAAGCUGGUGGUUCAGAGGCAGCAUUACCUGCCGUAUCACUGGGACUGGCUUUAUUGGCGCUCCGAACAGGGACAGCGCUGUCGCAAGGCCUGCGACAUCGUGCACCAGUUCACGGCUAAAAUCGUACAAGAACGCCGUGCCCAACUCGACCAGCAGGGGUCCGCAAAGAACCGCACGGAAAACCUGGAGUACACAGGAGGAUACAAGAAAAAAGACACGGAUCUCAUCGAUUUACUGCUGCUGUCAAAAGAUGAGAACGGCGAGGGACUCACGAACGAGGAGAUCCAGGCUCAUGCUGAUAUGUUCAUGUUUGCCGGUCACGACACCACGGCCAGCGCCCUCGCCUGGAUCUUCUACAACCUGGCCACGCAUCAGGAGCAUCAGGAGCGCUGUCGAGCCGAAAUCAGAUCAGUGCUGCGCGACGGAGACGAAAACGACAUCAGCUGGGAGGAUCUGAGUCAGCUGCCCUUCACCACCAUGUGCAUCAAAGAGAGUCUGAGACUCCACUCGCCUGUUCUGGCGCUCACCCGCUACUACUCACAAAACAUGAAGACGCCAGGAGACUGUGUCAUUCCACAGGGAUGUCUCUGUUUGAUCAGUAUUUAUGGUGUCCAUCGAAAUCCUGAAGUCUGGCCUGAUCCUGAGGUUUACGACCCAACACGCUUCGACCCGGAGAACUCACACAGACGCUCGCCUCAUGCCUUCAUUCCCUUCUCAGCGGGACCCAGGAACUGCAUCGGGCAGAACUUCGCUAUGGCAGAGAUGAAGGUGGUGGUGGCUCGGACUCUAUCGCGGUUCCGGAUCCGGCCGGGCCCCAGACCGGUGCGCCGUCUCUAUCAGCUGGUGCUGAGAGCAGAGGGAGGCCUGCUGCUGAACAUCGAGCCGCUCGAUCAAUCCCAGUGACCAGCUCUGAAACAUCUCACUGUUUAAUGCUUACUGUGAAUUCUACUUCCGUAAUUUAAUAUCAUUUAAAAAAUGUGAAGUGCUUAAUGCUGCACUGGUGCAUCGCAAACAAAUGGACUGUUUUGUAACAGUUUCAACGCGAUAUACCGCUCUAACUGCAUAUACUUAUGAUGCUCUGAUAUAACAGAAAAUUGGUGUUGCUUUUACAUUAAUGUAAUUGAUAUAU